UGUAUCAGGAGUGACUGUUUACUGCCGCUAGCUUAAAUGCUAACUUCCGUUACUAUAAACACCUUGCAUGUUAUUGUUUACGUCCAGAAAUUUCGGGCAUGCGCAGAACAAGACGACGACUGUUUACAUGUCGCUUCAGCGGCAAAACAAUUCCGUUAACAAAAUGAAACCUAGAGACGGAGGCAUCAUUAAUUUAGGGCAGUUCGCCAUAGCAAAGGGAAAAUAACGCAGAAAAACAAUUGAACUGCUCCAAACCACUCGUUCAUGUUUCUCGGUCCCUGUGUUUGCUUCGCUACGCAGACCCGUUGCCAUAGAAAUGACUGACAACAGUUACACUAUUAUAUCAAUAUUCAACAGUAAAAUCCGUUGCUUAUGUAUUAACCCCAAAUUAAGGCUGUUGCUAGUGGGUUUACCCCUUGUGCCCAGUGCAGCACUGAAAAACUUCAGUCCCCGUCCCCCUGCUGAAUGGACGCCCUUCCGGUCUGUAUAAAUAACGGAUGGAGAACAACAGCGACGACAGUGACUCUGCUACAGUCAAUGUCAACAAUGCCAAACAUCCUCUUACAUCUGAAGAAGAAGAGGAGCCAUCAGCACUCCGACGCUCUUCUCUGUUGUUGCUGUGUUUGGGGUUGCUUUGUGUCAUACUGACUGCAAAAUUCAUCUAUAUGCAUGUGAUGACAGCCAAUCAGCAGGAAAGUAUCAAAAACCUUACAACAGAAAGAAGACAAAUGAUUGAGGAACGAAAGAUGAAGGAGAACAAGAUUGAGGAGGUGAUCCGAGACAGACACCUGAGCGUAGUCAGAGAAGGACUUACCCGAGAGAGGCUUACUCAAGAGAGAGAGGAGCUGAACAAAGAGAGAGAAGAGCUGAGGAAAAAGAUUGACGACCUGAGCUUAGAGAAAGAAGAGCUGAGCAAAAAGAAUGACGAUCUGAACAAUGAGAAAGAUGAGCUGAACAAAGAGAAAGACGAGCUGAGCAAAAAAACAGCAGAGCUGAGCAGCAAGACAGAGGAGCUGAGCAAAGAGAAAGCAGAGCUGAGCAAAAACACAAAGGACCUGAACAAAGAGAAACUCGAGCUUAACAAAGAAAAAGACAAGCUGAGCGAAGACAAAAAGGAGCAGAGCCAAGAAAAAGACAAACUGAACAAAGAGAAAGACGAGCUGAGCAAAGACAAAAAGGAGCUGAGCCAGGAGAAAGAGAAACUGAACAAAGAGAGAGCAGAUCUGAGCAAAGAGAAAAAGUAUCUGAGCACAGAGAAAGAGGAGCUGAAGAAAGAUAAAGCAGAGCUGAACAAAGAGAGAGAGAAGCUGAGAGUAUUGACAGACGAGGCAGAGAACCGAUGCAAAAACAGAGAUGCUCUGAAAAACUUUUAUGAUGCCCUCAUGAAAUUUGACAGUUUUCCAGUGCAUGAUUUGUGCCCAGUAUGGUUGAGACCAAAGUGCCAUCAUUGCACAAAACACGAGAAAUCCUACAAGGGACACUGCUACUAUAUUUAUCCAUAUGACAUAGGUUAUGCAAACUGGGACCGAAGUCGACAGUUGUGUAAGAUUGAAGGUGGAGACUUGGUUGUAAUUGAUGAUCUGGAGGAGCAGGAAUUUAUCAACAAUCACACCAAGCAAUACGAUUCUGAUAACCAUGGAUACUGGAUAGGGUUACGUCAUUUUCGACGCAAUUGGUCCUGGGUUGAUGGACGUAGGAACUUUCUCGAGUUCUGGAUUAAGGGGAUUCCCCAUUCUUCAGGAGCAGCCCUGCAUAUGCCACGAAAAAAAGCCACAGAGAGCUGGAAGGCAGAAGACAAACUGGAAGCAUACAAAUUCAUCUGUGAGCGUCUGGAGAUUUCUUGGCCCUUUAGCUAACACUGUUCUCUUAAAGCUUCAAUGAGGAACACUCAACUGUGUCAUCAAAUUUUGGCGAAUCUCAUGAAUAAAAAAUCAAUCUCUGAAA